AUGAACGCCAUCUGCUUUAGACUCGCUCCAUUAUUUUGUACUUUGGUUGUCAUUUCAUCUGGUGAGGAUCAGUCAAUGAAUAGCUUGAUACAUUUUAAUAAAUGAAUAGCUAAGUAGAAUUUAGAACAAACUCACUGUUAAAUUACAGCAGUCUGGACAGCAGGAUCAGAGUAACCUGGUCAAAACGGUGUGACAGUAUGACCAGAAUCAAAGGACAAAUAGAGGAGCGAGGGCACUGGGGCAGCAAAGCAGAGUUUCUUCUGGCUGUGGCAGGGAUUGUGAUUGGUCUGGGUAACGUCUGGAGGUUUCCUUACCUCUGCUACAGGAAUGGAGGAGGGGCGUUCCUAAUACCCUACCUGGUGUUUGUGAUUACCUGUGGGGUGCCACUGUUCCUGCUAGAGACGGCUAUGGGACAGUACACACAGGAAGGGGGCAUUACAUGUUGGCAUCGUCUCUGUCCACUGGCUGAAGGUAUUGGCUAUGCGGGACAGCUGAUAGUGCUGUACAGCUGCAUGUAUUACAUCAUCAUUCUGGCCUGGGCAUUUUUCUACCUCAUCUUUUCUUUCAGCUCCCAACUGCCUUGGGACAGCUGUGAUAACACCUGGAACACAGAUGAUUGUGUAAAUCUCGCUGAAAAGAAUCUGACCCUCAACUGGACAACGCUGAUUAAUUCAACCUCUGCAGUUACUGAGUUCUGGAAGCGCAGAGUGUUGACUCUCUCUGGGGGUAUUGAGGAGAUUGGUAAGAUCAACUGGGAGAUUCUUCUGUGUCUCUUUGCAAUGUGGAUCAUAUGUUAUUUCUGUAUCUGGAAAGGAGUCAAAUCUACAGGCAAGGUGGUGUAUUUCACAGCCACAUUUCCUUAUGUGAUGCUACUGGUGUUGCUGAUUCGUGGGUUGACUCUUCCUGGAGCUCUGCAGGGGGUUGUGUUUUACCUGUACCCUGAACUGGCCCGUCUCGCUGACCCACAGGUUUGGAUGGAGGCAGGAACUCAGAUCUUUUUCUCCUAUAGUGUGUGCUUUGGCCCUCUCAUUGUACUAGGCAGCUAUAAUAAAUACAACAACAACUGCUACAGAGACUGUUGGUGGCUUUGCCUUCUGAACAGCGGCACCAGUUUGGUGGCUGGCUUUGCUGUGUUCUCAGUCUUAGGCUUCAUGGCCCAGGAGCAGGGUGUCCCCAUUGAAGAGGUGGCAGAAUCAGGUCCAGGACUAGCGUUCAUAGCUUAUCCACAGGCUGUAGCCAUGAUGCCUCUCCCUCAGGUGUGGGCUGUUUGUUUCUUCAUCAUGAUUAUUUUGCUGGGGCUAGAUACACAGUUUGUUGCAGUGGAGUGUAUAAUUACAUCAGUAAUGGACUUGUUCCCCAUGGUGUUGCGCAGAGCUGGUCGACGAGAAAUUUUCCUCCUGCUCUUCUGUCUCACUUGCUUCUUUGGAGAACUCAUCUUAGUUACAGAGGGGGGGAUGUACAUAUUCCAGUUGUUUGACUACUAUGCCUGUAAUGGAGCCUGUUUGCUGUUCCUGUCUAUGUUCGAGUCUCUGAUCAUUGGUUGGGUCUUUGGGGCUGAGAGAAUGUUUGACGUCAUUAAAGACAUGACAAAUUCACGACCCAACUACAUAUUCAUGUUGUGCUGGAAAUACCUGACUCCUCUUGUGUCUCUGGUAAGUAUAUAUAUUUUGGAUUCCCAGAUGCUGGUCAAACAAACAUUUUACUGUUUUUUUCAACUGAUUUUAAACAAUUCUCCAAACCAAAGUCAGUUCUCUCAGUGUCAUCAAUGCAAAUCCUUAAUUUAGUUAAAAGUUCGAACUGUUUAGUUCUCACUA